AUGGCACGAGUCGUAAGGAAACAGGUCCGUUUGCUGCCAUGCGAUUCCGAGCGGCUUUUUCCUGGACAGCUGCUAAACGGCGAGGUAAUUUCGGCGUAUCUGCGGCUUCUGGAUAGACGGAAUGCUAUGGAUCAUAACCUGCCAAAUGUCCUCGCACUAGAUUCCUACUUCUUCACGGUGCUGAAGAGAUCCGGCCACGAGCGAGCGCGGGGUCACCAUCGCGACCAGGACUUGUGGGAUUAUGAGAAAAUCCUCGUCCCCGUACAUGAGGAGUUGGCGGACGUCGGCCACUGGUGGCUUCUCGUAGUAGAGCCACGGAAGGAAACCAUCAGCGCAUACGACUCUCUAAAAGGAAGAAACCACAAGCCGGCGAUGGAUCUUCUGCGCGAAUACCUGAAGAAGGAAGGAGAUGAGGGCCAAGACCGAGGCCUGGAGUUGGUGCCUCUACGGUGA